AUGGACGAGCGCGCACAAGCGAGGUUGGGGGAGCUGUUGCAGCGGCAGAGCUUCGCGGUCGUCGACGGUGGUCUCGCCACCCAACUCGAGCGCCUCGGUGCCGACCUCAACAACUCGCUGUGGUCGGCUCGGCUGCUGCUCGACAGCGGCGGCGCGGCCAUGAUCAAGGCCGUGCACCGGGCCUACCUGGACGCCGGCGCGGACGUGCUGAUCACCUCGUCCUACCAGGCCUCCAUCGAAGGCUUCCGCCAGCGCGGCCUGGGCGAGGACGACGAGGCACGAGCCGAGUUCUGGGCGGACGAAGAUCGGCGGCGAGGCCGUGAAUGGCCGCUUGUGGCAGCCUCUAUCGGCCCCUAUGGGGCGACCUUACACGACGGCAGCGAGUAUCGGGGCGACUACGGAGCGCGGAUGAGCCAGGAGGAGUUCAUCGACUUCCACCUGCCACGCAUUCGGCUGCUGCUGGCUGAUCCCGCCCUCGCACCCGACCUCUUUGCCUGCGAGACGGUGCCGUGUCUCAAAGAAGGCCGGGCUCUGGUGAAGCUGUUCGAGACGCACUUCCCCGACCAGCGGCUCUGGCUUUCGUUCACCUGCCGAGACCAGGAGCACUUGUCGGACGGCCACAAGUUCAGCGAAGCCGUCGUCGAGCUGCAGCAAUCGGAGGUGGUGGCGGCGGUGGGCGUGAACUGCACGUCGCCGCAGUUCAUCGGUGGACUCCUCGAGAGCGUGCGGGGCAGUGUGCGCAAGCCCCUCGUGGUGUACCCCAACUCGGGCGAAGGCUGGGACGCCGCCGCGCAGCAGUGGACGCCGGCCGACGCCUCAGACGACAUCACGCGCAUUCGCGCUGCUCUUCGCCAGCUCAGCCAACCCGCAACACCCCAAUAA